AAAUAGUUUCCUUCACCAUGACACCCUUACAAGAAAACGAUUCUGCACUAGAAAUCUUCACUGAUGUUUGUUCAUGUUGUAUCUGACGUGCCAUCAGCACUAAAAACUCGCCAAGGCAAAAGCUAGCGACGUAAUUCAAACAUACCUCAGGGACAAUGACUAUUACUUAUUCGUUGGAUGUAGCCAAUACACGAUUUUGCGGAUUUACGAAACUCCUAGGACGAUGGAAAGGGAGCAUUUAUAAAAUUUUGUGGAAGGAAUUCCUCGUAUUUAUUAUUGGAUACGUUUUGUUGAGUAUCACCUACAGAAUUCUCCUGAACGACGGACAGAAAAGAUCUUUCGAGCACGUCGUCAUUUACUUCGAGACAUUCAUCGAUCUCAUUCCUCUAUCAUUCGUUCUUGGUUUCUACGUCUCGUUGGUUAUUGGGAGAUGGUGGAAUCAGUUUGAUGCAAUUCCAUGGCCCGACAGACUUUGCUAUAUGAUAGCUGCAUACGUGCACGGUGCUGAUGAAAGGAGUCGCAUGAUUCGGAGGACGCUCGGACGCUACUUGAUCCUAAUGCAAGCCUUGACGUGUCAAUCUGUCAGCACGUCUGUCAAGAAGAGAUUUCCUUCUACGCAACAUCUUGUUGCAUCAGGAAUUAUGACAAAGGAAGAGCGUACCGUGUACGAGAAUUUGGACGCUCCUUACGGCAAGUGGUGGCUUCCGGCAGUGUGGUUCAGCGCAUUGGUCAUGCGGGCAAAAAAGGAAGGUAGAAUAAAAGAUUCAAUUUUAGAAGAUGGAUUGUUUAGGGAAUUCUGUCUGUUUAGAAGCGCCUGUGGUACGAUGUUCAAUUACGAUUGGAUAAGUGUCCCCCUCGUUUAUACUCAGGUGGUCACUCUCGCGACUUACACGUACUCGGUGGCUUUGAUGGUGGGUAGGCAAUAUUUGGAUCCAGAGCAGGGUUAUACCAAUCACCAAGUGGAUCUUUAUGUUCCCGUAUUCACUCUGUUGCAGUUCUUCUUUUACGUAGGAUGGUUGAAAGUUGCUGAACAAAUAGUCAAUCCUUACGGUGAAGAUGAUGAUGAUUUUGAGCUAAAUUGGUGUUUGGAUAGGAAUUGUCAGAUUGUGUAUUUGAUCGUGGAUCAUUUCCAUACGAAACAUCCGAAACUGCGGAAGGAUAUAUUCUGGGACGAAAUGCUUCCUCAGCUACCACAGACAAAAAUUACUGCUAAGAAUGUCGUGAAUCCUCAAUUAGGAUCUGCUUUUAAUUUGGAAGUCGAUCCUGCCGAUGCAGAGUUCUUACCAAUGGAGACUUUGCUAGAGGAGGAUAACGAAGCCAAUGUAUAUUCCAGUGAUUCUAUGAAGCAUGCAAAUGGUGUUCGCUACAGACCUUCUUUUCUCAUGAACAUUUUGAACUCUAACUUUGGCCAGAGUAUUCGUAAACGAUCCAUGCAAAAGACGGACAGUUUUAAAGAUCACGGGCAUGUAAACCCUGCUUAUGCCGUCAACAUGGAAAGAUUUGCUCCUCCUCGUGGAAGCACACCUACUAUGAGCAGAAAAUCCAGUCUGGCAAAGAAAUCUCCGACGCACAGCCGUGCAUCAAGUAUAUCAUUCCAUCCCAGUAGUAUCAGCAGGCAUAGGCAUAAGUCGUAUGAUUUACAACAGGCUGAAACGGCUCAUGCAAAUGGCCCUAUUACAGAGUGUGAAGGCACUGGCAUCGUUUCAGCGAUGGCUGCAGCGAUGGCACCAGUUGUGGCCAAUUUCGAAGAAAAAGAAGCUCCGAACCCCAUGGAAGUGGAUACUGGAUAUCAGAAGACGGAAAGCUACAUGCCUCCCAUCCCAGAAGAGCCUUCCAGGCCGAUAUCCAUGGUCAACACAGAACCUCAGUGCCAAGAUUUGAAAACGAAACAAAUGGAUGACGUCCAGAACUUGGUGGCAGAAGCUAGUAAAGUUUUGGAAGAGCUGAACAGAGUGGUAACAUCACAAGGCCAUCGUAAAGAUUGCGCGUUAAAAGGUUACGAAUCUUGCUGUUCGUUGGAAAUCAGCGAAGCUUCCUCCGAGGAAGACGAUAACGAUUCAAAUCCAACGUCCAUGGAUGUGUAUGACAAUAUCGAUAAGAGUUCCGCGGUUAUUGAAAUGGGAAAAAUGCACGAAGAGGAAGAUUUUACGUCGCAUAAUUCUCGAGCAUGAUAGUAGAACAUAACGUAGACAAGCUUUUUCGUACAUCAUGAAUUUUCAUUUUCACAACUCCUAUUUGCAGUAAGCUCUAUGCACAUAAUGCAUGCGAAGGACAGCAGAGUUAAGCGAUAUAGAACAUGUUAACUUUUACGCGAGGAUACAAAAAAAAUCAAGCACAGAAUGUUAUAUCACUGUUCGAGUCCGUGAGCACAGAGCAAGAAGGAAUAUUUCUGUACUCGCUCGACACAUCUCAACAGUAAAUUUCUACAUUAAAUAAAUUUAAGGAAAAAUUUAUUCAUACGCAGAAAAUAAAUUAAUUAUAGUAUAUUACUAUUUACUGUUUCUUAAAUUAUCGGUCCUAUAACAUUUUGUGUUAAGUUAUUUAGGUGUGCUUCAUAAGAUGUUGAAAGUGAAGGCGAAAGGUCCUUGCGUUGCAGCAAAACGAUUGUGCCAGUAGAAUUAUAAGGAAAUAAGUAACCAAAGAUUGUUCCUUUUAUCAGUUCAUGCAAAAAGUUUUACAUAACUUAUUCCGAAGGAAUUGUUUUUGACAACGAAGUGGAAUCAUUUAACUUCAUGAGUGAAAUACUGUGCUAAUUGACUUGAAUUAGUUUGUGAUUUUAAUGACAUUUUAAAAAGUCCUGUAAUUUUAUUAUCUCAACUUGUUUAGCAUGAAAGCAGC